CAAGAAUGACUCUUUUUAUACAUCAACAUCAUUAUCAUACAGAUUGUGGUAUAUGUACUCUUCAUUUUUUAUUUUUCGCACAAGAUUAUAUUUGGGCUUUAUUUUCUCUGAGCUUAUUUGUAUAGCUUCUGGAAUGGGUGCUUAUCCUGAAGUGACAGAUCCACAGUCUGGAAGUGGUCCAACUAGAAAUUUUGAAUCAUUAGAAACAGAAUAUUCUAUUAAAGAAGAGGUUUAUAAUUUUGAUUGUAUUGAAAGUAUUGAUAUUAUGAAAGUAGAAACUGUUUCUACAGUACGCGGAGCUACGAGAAUUUGGAAUAUGACAAUACAGUAUUGGAUUGCUGAAUAUGUGUAUAGAAGAAUUCCUGUUAAAAAACUUAGGUAAUUAUAUUUAUAUUAU